AUGGAAGUAUCAGCUUUGCAAUCUGCUCCAGCACCCGCACCCUUGAAGGGCCUGGCUUUACCACCGAUCAGCACAGCACCAGGGUCUGCCCCUCUGCCAAGCAAAGCUAUUGGAGCGUCAUCCUCUGUGAAAGAGGCAGAAGAGUUUGCAAGCACAGAGAAGCUCCGGGCGGCAGAGGGGCCAAGAUCGGCGCAGCCCCUAGAGCUUGGGCAGCUGGGAAAGAAUGCCAAGGCCCCUCCACCCCACACCGCAGGGGGCAUCCCUCCUGAGGCGUACCAUGGCGGUCCAUCCCCAUACCUGCAGAAGGUAAAGAGUGUCCCUCCAGCGCCCCACACAAAAACACCACCUUCUGACCUCGGGGAAAGUUUUGACCCGGCAUCAGGGGGGACCUUCACUAGUUCAUCUCCCCCGCCGCCACCGCCCCCGCCCCCGCCGCCCCCGCCGCCACCACCGCCGCCCACCAAAGCAUCCACCCUUGCCCCAGCUGAGGGAGCUAAAUCGGAAGCCAGCAGUGCGACGACCCCCGUUGAUAGCGCCACUUCCCCCGAGGCACAACCGGCGUGUUACGUGGAGGUGCAGAUGAGCACUGUGUGGAAGAAGGGCGAAGGUGUAUACGCCAGUGUCAUCCAAUUGUACCUGGGGAAUCAAGGGGCCCUGGACAUCUUCCCAGUGUACAGCCUGGAGGUCAUGAAUUCAAACUACCUCUCCAUGGAUGGUGCUUGGAACUGGAACAUCGAUUCCUUCAGGAGCACAGAAGGGAAUAUGUGGGGCACUGUCAGCGAUGGGUGGGAGGCAUUACUUCCAUACAGAAAGAACAAGAUCAACGUGGGCGGCAUUUUUGUGGGCAGCUCGCAGCAGAACUUCUACCCGCGGCGCAUCACCAUCAAUGGAGAGCCCUGCUACGUGCAGCAGAUCGCGAGGAAUUCUGGCGCCGAGGGCGCAGAUUGUGAAUGA